AUGCAAUAAUAAUAAACAAACUAGUAAGAGUUAAGAUAGAUUUUUUAAUUGUUUUCUUAGGAUGGAGCAGAGGAUAUUAACAUAGCUCAAAUUAAUUAAAUGAUAAAAGAAUUAGAAACCAUAAAUAUGGAUUCCCAAUCUAUUAAUGUGCCUUUCUAACCAGGUCGAAGAUUAGCCAAAAAAGGGAAUUCAAAUGAAAAUUUAGAAGAUGCUUAAAAAGACAGUUCCCCUAAAUCGCCAACUUAUGUAUCGGUAACUGAACUCAAAUAUUUCCCAAAUAAUAAGACCACUAUGUAAUUUUCAGAUUUCUCAGAACUUUUUAAUGAAUGCAUGUCUAAUAAAGACUAACACGAUGAAUUAUUAGAAAGCGCAUUUGCUAUUUUUGAUUAUGAUAAAUCUGGCCACAUUGAUUCAAAGAAAAUAAGAAAAGUCUUUUAAAAAUUCAAAGACAAUACAAGUGAGGAAGAAAUUCAAAAUGUUCUAAAAUUUUGUGGCGUAUUACAUGAUUAAAUGUCAUUAUAAGAGUUUAAGGAAUUUUUUAAAAAGAAUUUAUGA